AUGGAUCACGAUAGCCGGCAACUGUUCAUCGUCACCCCACCCGGAUCAUCUGCACAGCAGUCGCAUCGCAGGAGUCGGAGAAAAAGCGAGCGGGAAAGGGUUAGGGUCACUCGGGCCUGUGACCAGUGCAAACGGCAGAAGAUUCGCUGCACUGGGGCGCUCCCAUGUGAAAUCUGCUUGAGAAAGGGCAAUCGCUGCUCUUAUGAUGCUUCAUACGCCCGAGGGCGCGCUCCGUCCGUUAUGGGAGGCGAGGAUCAAGCAGUUGUGACGCGUCCGGCCGUGGACAGUUCCGCAAAGCCUGCCAACCAAGCCCAGGAGCCAAUCUCUGAGCCACUAUCAUUGCGAGCGUCACCUGAACCAACACAAACAGAUCAACAGGGACACUACGUGGGUCCUGCUUCAGGUGUCUCCUUUUUACUCCGAGUGCAAAGGAGGGUCUACCAAACAUUGAAGUUCCCACCGUCCUCGUCCAUAUUCACCUUUGGUGACGCUCCCUUGCCAGACUUCGAUGUCUCCUUUUUCGUGCUUCCUCCCAAGGAUGUUACACGGCAACUACUGGUUAGGUACUUCGACUUCGCAGUGCCAACUCACCGGUUCUUGCAUCGCCCCACUAUAGAAGCAUGGUUUGAAGAUUUAUAUACCUUCAAUGGGUGCAUGAGCAGCAGAGAUGAGGCUCCGGCAAGGACUGCUCUUCUUUUCAUGGUGUUUGCCCAAGCCAGCCUCUAUAUGACUGAGCCGGCCGCAGAUGCAAACCAUGAGAAUAUGGCCGACGUCAGCUCCCGUUAUUUCCUCGCAGCAGAGCAUCAGCUACAGAAAGAGCGUGGCCAGGUUCGACUUGCCAGUGUCCAAGCUCGCCUGGCGCAGUGUUUUUGGUUGCUGUCGCAAUCACGAAUCAAUCACUGCUGGACGCUGUUCGGCACAACAGCUCAUCUUGCAUUGGCCAUUGGGUUGAACAGGGGCAAGAAGACAGAGGCUCAAGGCCGCACAGGCAAAGUUGAGACCGAGUGUCGCAGGAGAACCUUCUGGUGUGCCUAUACUCUGGACAAGUAUCUUGCAGCAGCUCUUGGAAGGCCCCGCACAUUCCACGAAGAGGACAUUGACCAGGAGCUACCAUCUUGCAUUGACGAUUCAGACCUUGAGCACGUCGGUGUCGAGCCCAAAGCUCCUCUUGGCCAGCCCCUGAUGCUUGGCGCCGUAGCACAUAUCAGGCUGUCACGCAUCAAUGAUGGCAUCCUGAAGGAUCUCUACCCCAUCUGGCCACUGUCGACGUCCGCACGGCUUAAGGUCGCUGCUCAAUACUCUACAAGGUUGAGAAACUGGUAUCAAGAGAUGGUGGAGUUCCUUGACUCCAGCAGAAUCAACACUUCUUUGCUCUUGCCCAUCUAUCAACGGCAACGCCAUGUCCUGAAUCUGGCAUAUUGGCACGCCACGAUACUGACACACAGACCGUUUCUUCUCAACAAAUUUGGAGCCACCCGAACCAGUGCAAACACAACGCAGGUUGAGGACCGUGUAAAGGAAUGUCUCCAAGCUGCGCUGAACAUCUGCGACCUGGUAGAUGAACUUAUCAGCGCGAGAAUGAUGUUCAAAGCAUUUUGGUUUACUUCGUACUACGCAUUCUGCGCUGCCGUCGUGCUCUACGUAUUCUCUAUUCAGCAAAAUACAAGUAUCCCUGAUGGCCAAGGUCGGCAUCUGUCUGUAGCAAUUCGAUGUCAAGAGCAAAUGUCAAUGAUCGCGGAGGAGCACUCACUUGCCAGGCGAUACUGUCUUGUACUUGACGAACUACGCAAAGAAGCAAUACGACACUCAGAACAGCCGCGAGAUGAUCAAUCAAUGGGUGCUACAGGUGAUGCUCAUUCGCAGCAGCUUGAGGGCUUGGGUGCUGAUGAGACUGGGUUGGCUGGGACUGCCGCCUUUGGCCAGCAUCCCCUUGCUUCAGAGGCUAACGACAUCAACGGCUUCGAACCAAGCCCUGGCAGCUCUCUUUACGAUAUGUCAGGAUGGGGAACAUUUGACUCAAUGGUGCGCCUUUGGAUUCUCAUUGAGAUCCUUGUCAUUGUCUGCCUGGCGAGACUUGUUCGCGGCCCUCUUGCUAUGAACUUCGUCAAAUGGCACGACUGCGGGAAGCGGGUAGCGGUUGGCGGAAUAGCAUCCGGGAAUUGGCGUUUCCGGGGCCAUCGAGAAAGUCAGCCAGCCAUUCAGACCAUGGCGUAUUUUACUGAGAAAAGUCCAAAAUUGUGGGUUCCGCACCUAUUGUCAUAUCUAUCGUCCGUAUUCUCAAUCCUCAUCCCUGAGCUUCUUCUCGUGCCUGCCCACUCGGACCUCGAGCAACUAGCCAUGCCAAGUCUUGCUAGAAUGGGCGGAGGAACGACGGACGAAGUAGAAAGAUUAGCCUGGAAGGUUCUGAAACUCAAAGAGUCAAGGAGCAAUGAACAAAGGGUAGUCAUUGGAAUCUCUGGCGUUCCUGGUUCGGGGAAGUCUACUCUGGCUAAGAUGGUAUGCGAAAGUGUAAACGCUCUGCAUGGGAAUCAUGACCCGGAAGGAACCAGACAUAUCGCCGUGGCGGUCCCUAUGGAUGGCUUUCAUCUCAGCCGAGCCCAACUCGCAGCGAUGCCCGAUGCAGCCAUGGCGAUACAUCGACGUGGGGCGGCCUUUACUUUUGAUGCUGCUGGCUUUUACCAUUUAGUACAACAAUUGGCCAAAUCACCCGUCCAGGCUGUAAGCGCGCCUUCUUUUGAUCACGCAACCAAAGAUCCGGUCGCAGGUGCAAUCGAUAUCCCGGAAACAGCCCGAGUGGUGCUCGUCGAGGGCAAUUACUGCGCGCUCAAUCGGGUCCCUUGGAGCGAUACGGCAAAGUUGAUGGACGAAUUAUGGUACAUUGAUGUUCCUGCGGAUGUGGCUCAGUCACGUCUGGCUAUCCGUCAUUUACAGAGUGGGAUCGUUGCAGAUGAAAAUGAAGCUCGGGAAAGAGCUGCUGGCACUGAUGAACUCAAUGCGGAGGAUGUCAGAGAGAACAGACUUCAUUGCCAUGAAAGGCUGAUACUGAUGUGA